AUGAAUCGGCAAACAAACUUUCACCACAUUCCAGACAGCGUUCUUCUACACAUUUUUAAUUUCUUGUCCAGGCAUGAACUUGCGAUAGCAGCGCAGGUCAGUAAGAGAUGGCUGAGAAUAAGCCGCGACGGAGCGCUGUGGAAACAUAUGGAGCUGGAGAGCAAGGAAGAAAACGAUGUUAAGGAGGUUAUCACUAAAAACUCAUGCUCCCUUCUAACUAGAAUGAACCUUAGCAAGUGUAACCUCACCCCAGAGUUUAUGGUCACUCUGUCUGGAAUAUGCACACAACUCCGAGAGCUUACACUUCAAAAGUGCUUCUUCGCGCGUCAAAAACGACGAUUUCGACUGCAUACGCUUAGAAAUUUAAAGACGCUGGACGCGCGUUUGUUACGUGGAAAUUCGGCGUUUGUCCUUCGCCUACUACGCUGCACUCCAAAUGUUGAAAUGCUAGCUGUGGAUGAAACAAUUGGAUCUAGCUGGAACGGGAAAAUUCUACGAUUGUUGAGCAAACUUCGCUUGCUGGACUUGUCUCGUUGUAUUGAAGUGACCGACGAGGACAUAGAAAUAAUGGCUACCAGCUGCCCUAGUUUGGAAUCGCUACUUUUAAUUAAAUGUUUCAAAGUUAGUGGAUACGCCUUACCUGUUCUUCUUCGCAACUGUAAAAUGCUAAGGACGCUAUCACUGGCCUACACAAGGGUGACGGAUGACUGCUUGCGCGAAUGUAAUUGGAAAAACUCCACCUUGAAAGAACUUGAUUUUUCUUCGUGCUACUUUGUCUCAUCGCGUGGCCUCAGAGUGGUAUUUGCACACCUAUCUGACGCCGUGUAUAUUAAUUUAAGUAACUGCAGUGAGAAUUCUGCAGUCACACCUAACAUUCUAUCAGACAUGAUGAGGUUUAGAUCUCUUCAGGUACUAAACCUAGAUGACGGUUUUGUCACCUCUGAGGCUAACGAAGAACUUAUUUGUCAAAUCGCUCAUAACUGUCCAUAUAUCUCGUGCCUUUUGGUGGGUAUCACCCUACAAACAGCUAGGUGUUUGGAGCGAUGUUUGCAAAGUUUAGAAGAUCUUAAACGAUUCGGUAUCUCUGCUUACCCGGGGAUAGAUGAUCCUCCUUUAGUUCGUCCGCCCAUACCCGUGGCAAUCCCACCAAAUAGGUUUGGAUUAGACAAGAUUCUCAAUACUCUCGCAACCUACUGUCAUAAGCUUGAGGCAUUACAGUUGUCGGGUUAUCGAGAUCGCGAGUGUGAAACUGUUACGAACGCUUUCGUUAACUUACUAAGAAAUUGUGAAAAUCUUUCACGUAUUUGUUCCUUUGGCGGAAACACUGAUAUUCUUGUCAUGGCGGCCGACGCACAGCAGCAAACGAGACGGCACGACAUUCGGCUUAUCAAGCCCACCAUGCUGUUUCCAACACCCAGAACGGUCACACCUCCCCCAAAUAUGUGUUUUGACAGGGUGGUUUAUAACAAAGAGACCAGUACCAUUGACGAUCCCUGGAGAGGUCCCUUUGUCUACGAAGUGCAAAGAAAUAGACGGUUUUGGAUAGAGAAUGCCUAUGAGUAG